CGAUGAGAGGAUCAGGUGACGGCUUGCCUCCCCGCUUCCCAUUCUGAAACCUGAUGUCCAAUAUCUAACCCCGCACUGUCGAGGUAGAGCUCUUGCAUUGUGCAAAGAGACGACGGUCUCGGAAUAGAUCCUACGAAGCAGGUGACGUCGCACCCAGAUCCCCAAGUCGCUGCACACGCCCCAUUGGGGGGUGACAAGCGUUAAAGAUUCUAGCCGGCCACCGAGACCUUACAGAUGUCUGCAGCGACGGAGGGGUAUCAUCGCUAUAACAUUGUCUUCAUCUUUCUUCUCUCUCUUUUGUAGACUGGACAGCGCUGGACAAUUCCUGUUCGUUUCAAACAUCGACGGGCAUAUCGAGGUUCAACCCUUGACACAUCAAUCCCAUGUCGGGCCAGGUUUCUAGGCGGGAACGAAGGUGGUGGACGAAGGACGAAGACGACAUUCUCAGAGAUUGGGCCAAGGUGCAAAUCGAUACACACGGCGCUGUCAAAAACUGGAAUGAGGUGGCAGCUUUGCUGCCUGACAGGACGAACAAGGAUUGCCGUAAGCGAUGGCACAAGGUACGAGUCGAUAUCAAGAGAGGAGCGUGGACCCCCGACGAGGAUAGGAAGCUACGACAGGCUGUGGCGCAGGCUGGAUUAAAAUGGUCAGCAGUGUCCAAGAUGAUGCAAACGCGGAACGCCGACCAAUGCGCCAAAAGAUGGCAACACGUGCUCGGGCCGGACCACAGACAUGAUGCCUGGACCCCUGAAGAGGAUAGAAUACUACAGAAAGCAGUUGCAAAAUAUGGCAACAACUGGAAGCAGAUUGGACUGUUGGAGCUGCCAGAUCGCUCAACCCAUGAUAUCAGAAAUCGUAGCGUCGCCUUAAAUCGACGGAAACGUCGGUCCAGGGCCCCAUCGAAUGACGACCCUUCCACUUCAACGCAAUAUCUCUCGGACGACAACGCAGACGACAACAGUUCGGGCGGCGAAGAAUCCGACUUGAGCUCCGAUGAUGCCGAAUUAGCCAACUUCAACGAGGACCAACACAUGAUGAUGGAAGUCGACGCCGCCCCGGCCCCACCAACACCCACACUGUCGGAAACCUUGGCAGAUGCGUCCAUCUUUUCCAACUGGGAAAUGGCCAGCCCGGCAACAAUGUUGACGCAGGUGCGACCGCUGGAUGCAGACUCCCAUCCGUGGCUUUGGUUCUCGACUGAAUCAAGCUCCUCGGGACAAACUCCCGAUCAGCACCUCUCGCCGGAAAACCUGAGCCUGGCGUUUGAGAGUGGCCAGGACAUGGGUCACUUGAUGGGUGGCCGGGAGAUUCAAGUUGCUCCUCAAAUUUCCCAAAACGAGAACCCUCAGAGUUCUGCUCCAGCAACGCAGCAGCCACCCCAACAAGACUACCGAGGACAGGCUGAAGCACCUGGAAGUGUCACUGUUCUCCUGAGGCAAGCUGACUCGCAGCUCGCACAGCAGGUUAUUGGCAAUCUGUUAAACCUCAAUGCAGACGUAGUAAUCCGUCUGCUCAAAGAUUGA